CCUGACCUCACCCUCUUCUUCCUGUGGAGCCUUCUCUAAAUCCUGCAACGUUUAGUUCUAAUCCCUGAAGGACAAACCUUGAGAAACAGACUUUCCCAGAGGGAACGUGGCACUGCCAGCCCCAGACAUGUUGCUGGCCCUGCCCUGGGGCCAGAGGGGUUCAGGAAGGAUUACAAAGGACCCCAGACCCUCCGUGUCGGAGAUGCUGCUGCUGUUGCUGCCCCUGCUGUGGGCAGGGACCCAGGCUCAGGAUGCAAGAUACCGGCUGACAGUGCAGGAGUCUGUGACGGUGCAGGAGGGCCUGUGUGUCUUCGUGCCCUGCAGUGUCACCUAUCCCCGGGAAGACUGGAGGGACUCUGACCCAGCUCACGGAUACUGGUUCCGGGAAGGGGCCGAUGUACACCAAGACGCUCCAGUGGCCACAAACAAGCCAGAUCACAAAGUGAAGGAGGAGACCCAGGGCCGAUUCCACCUCCUUGGGGACCCUCGGAACUACAACUGCUCCCUGGACAUCAGAGACGCCAGGAGGAGCGAUGAUGGAAAAUACGUUUUUCGGGUGGAGAGAAGAUCAGCGAUAUGGACUUACACAGAUACCUUCCUCUCCGUGCACGUGACGGCUCUGAAUCAUACACCCCACAUCCUCAUCCCGGGCACUCUGGAGUCCGGCUUCCCCAGGAAUCUGACAUGCUCUGUGCCCUGGGCCUGUGAGCGGGGCACGCCCCCCAUCUUCUCCUGGACCUCAGCUGCCCUCACCUCCCUGGGCCCCAGGACCCUCCUCUCCUCUGUGAUCACCUUCACCCCUCGGCCCCAGGACCACGGCACUAACCUUACCUGUCAGGUGACGUUCCCUGCAGCUGGUGUGACCGUGGAGACAACCAUCCAGCUCAACGUCACCUACUCUGCACAGGACUUGACCGUAACUGUCUUCCAGGGAAAUGGCACAGUACCUAUAGCGCUGGAGAAUGGUUCAUCUCUUUCAGUCCUGAAAGACCAGUACCUGCGCCUGGUCUGUGUGGCUGACAGCAACCCCCCCACCAAACUGAGCUGGACCCGGCAGAACCUGACCCUGAACCACUCGCACCCCUCAAACGCUGCGGUCCUGGAGCUGUCUCAAGUACAUGUCAGAGAUGAAGGGGAAUUCACGUGCCGAGCUCAGCACCCUUGGGGCUCCCUGCACGUCUCCCUAAACCUCUCUCUGCAGAGAAAAGCGAGGAGGCCGUUAUCAGGAGUGACGCUGGGGGCAGUCUGGGGAGCAGGAGUUACAACCCUGCUCUUUCUUUCCUUGUGUAUCAUUGUCAUCAUGGUGAGAUACUGGAGGAAGAAAGCGCCAAGGGCUUCAGCGGGCAUGGGCGACACGGGCACAGAGGGCACAAACGCUGUCACGAGGUCAAUCUCUCAGGGUGCCCUGAUUGAACCCCAGCCAGGCAGUCUCAUAGACCACCCUCCCCCCACUCCUACUGUCUGCUCCUCAGGAGAGAAAGAAGAGAUUCACUAUGCAUCCCUCAGAUUUCAAAAGAGGCAGCCUGGAAACCCGCAGGAACAGCAGGUCACUGAUAAUUUGUACUCAGAGGUCAACAUAUCCAACUGAGGAGCUGCAGAGACUUGGCCUUGCCUUGAUGAUGGUGGCCCCCAACAGGGCAAAGAGGAAAACAGGGGUGGGUUCCUGUAAAAUGAAAAGCCAUCUAGGUGAUGAGUUCCAAGUAUAGGGAAAGAUCACAGGCUUUGGAACCAAAGAGUGGUGAGUUCAAAUCCAUACUCUACCCAUUUACCUCUCUGUGCCUCAGUUUUCUGCCCUGUGAAACAAGUUGAGAAGCCCUGCUUGCAAGUUUGUGGUGAGAAUUGUGGGAGUGAUAUUGUAUCUGAGCACCUGGCUCAACGCAUAUGCUGAGCACAUACUGAAUCCCUGUGCUUUGAACAGAAAGUUCCUACUGGCAAUUUCUCUUGACGCUGGAAGUGACCAGCAUCAGAUCUCGGUCCUUGCAGCUGAGGUCCCUCCUCCUGGAAUGCCCACCUGGCCUUCAUCUGCCUCUGUCUUUGAAAGUGGAAUUCAAGGGGUAGACUUCUGGGUGGAGAUGAGAGUCAAGCAGAAGCUCAUGACUUCUUCCCAUAAAGACAAACCAAAUGAAUGAGAAAGGUUCCCAAAUGAUCACAGGACCAUCUGAUGAAUGAAACAUGAUCCCCAAAUUCACCUGCAGCUACCAGGUGAGGAAAGGAGUAUGUCACAGCAGUCGCUUCCUAAAGUAGCCUUGAUGGAAAGAAAUAAAUGGACUGGACCUGGCAUUAACAUUCCCUAAAUCUGUGCUGUAGCUCAUUUAUAACAGCACCGAAAGUCAUCAUGUGCCAAGGAACAUUUUAAAAAAAAAACAUGCAAUACUUCUGUACUCAAAACUACAGAAAAACAAUAAAAAAUAUAGAACAUUGCUGAGAGAAAUUAAAGAAGAUCCAAAUGAAUGAAAAAAUACACCAUGUCCAUGGAUUGGAAGACACAAUCAGUUUUGUCUGUAUUGACUUAAAGUAAUUCUAUGUGUGUGUGUGUGUGUGUGUGUGUGUGUGUGUGUGUGUGUGUGUGUGUGUAUUAAUUUGAAAAGCACCAAGUCUAUUCAACUGAGAAAGGAAAUUUUUUUUUUAACAAAUGGUGGUGAACAAGUGGAUCAAGUUUUGGAAAAAAUGAAUCUUAUCAAUUAUAUAAUUGGUUUAUAUAACUGGAAUCAUACAGUAUGUACUCUUGUGUGUGGUUUUGUUUUCACUCAGUAUUACAGUUUUGGUAAUUCAUCCAUGCUGUUGUGCAUAUCAGCAUUUUGUUCCUUUUUAUUGCUGAGUGGGAUUCCAUGGCAUGAGUGUAUCACAGAUUGUUUACCCAGUUUUCUACUGAUGGACAUUUGGUUUGUUUCCAGCUUUUGGCGAUUACGAAAAAAGCUGCUUGCGAGCAUAUUUGUA